AUGGGCGGUGAUGAGGAUCAGAUAUAAUGAGGAUAGACCUCUGGAGGGAAGGCUUUUUUCUUCUCAGUUGAAAGAGAAUGUGGAAGCAAAUGCGCUGGGGCUCAUCUCACUCUGUUUACUAUUCGUUUGACAACCCAAGUCGCUCAUUCUCAACCUCUACGCGACAAUGAAACGUUCCUUAUCUCUUUUCCUGCCUGCCUUGGUUCUACACUCAGCGCUCGUAGCGGCAGAUUUUCCCGCUGCAUGGAAAACUUUCAGUUUCACGAGUCUGGUCGCUUUCGGGGAUAGCUAUACCGACGAAAGCAGACUGAAAUACUUCGAGGAUCACAAUGGGGAAGCACCUCCGGUUGGCUGGGUAGAGCCUAUAAACAACAAUACAUCCUCGGGAGGAUACAUCUGGCCACGACUGGUGGCAAACGACACCGGUGUAAACCUCUAUAAUUAUGCUGUGAACGGAGCCGUCUGCUCCAACAAGAUCACACCUCGUUGGUACUCAACGAUCAAUGCCGACUUCCCAUCCACACUGGAAUAUUCUAUUCCCGCCUACGUCGCAGAUAGUAACCACGUCACCUCCGAUGGGGAGCAGUUCCUCAAUAUCCCGCCAUUGGAAACCGCUUAUGCGGUCUGGCUCGGGGGAAACGACCUAGGCGUAGGCGGGUUUCUGGACGAUGCGGAAAUCCGCGGGAAAACAAUCCCGGAUUACGUGGAAUGCAUCUACCAGGUCUUCGACAAGAUCUACCAGAAUGGAGGACGGUUUUUUGUCCUUAUGAACAGCUCACCGAUGCAACUGGCUCCGCUGUUCGCGACGCCUGAAAAUGGUGGUGUCGGAUCUGACCAUUACUGGAUUCACAAACCGAAAAACAUCACUGAAGUCAGCUAUCGUAUGCAGGAACAUAUGCUGAUGACAAAUGAUGUCUAUAAGUAUAAGACGCCAUACGAACUCCUGAUUGCCAACAGGUAUCCAGGAGCACAUUUUGCUAUCAUGGAUACCAAUUCCUUGAUCACCGAUAUGUAUCAUAACGCAGACAAGUACCUAAACUCGCCAGCAAAUGUCACAGGGUAUCUUCGACAUUGCGGCGGGAAUCAUCACGGCUGCGAAAACCUGCCUAGUAAUAAUAACUUUUUUUGGUGGGAUGAGUUGCACCCCACGCAGUCCAUCCAUGCAGGGAUCGCGGAACAAUUUGUUGCAGUCGUUAAUGGGACAAGCCAGUACGCGACUUACUGGGGUUGAGCUCUUGGAUAGCCCAGAAACGAAAGUAGACGGAAAUAAUGAACGUUACCGAAUACAACUUCCAAUAUGAUGAGUAUAUGCUCGCAUGAAUAUGCAGGUCCCAAGAGAUGAAACAUAACGUAUACCGGAGAAGGCUCAGGGCCACAUCCUCACCUCCUACAGAUGGAAUAUGCACA